AAUACCAUUAAAAUGGUUAUCAAAAUGAAAACUUCAAUAAGAUAUGUUUUUACUAUCUUUUUUGUCAUAUCUUUUGUUCACAGUCGUACGACAACAUCGGGUUCUGGAAUGUUGUUUGACGAAGUGGAAUGCUUUGGAGGAUUUGAACCGUGUCGUGAUCAUGGGGACGUCAGUUGCACUGACUAUUGUAAAAAUUAUCAGUAUGAUUUUGGCGUUUGUACUCAAGACCGUGGAUGUUGUUGUCAUGGAAAUAUUCCAAAAUAAGUCAUGAUUAAUUAAUUUAGUCAAAAUGUAUUGGUAUUUCCUUC